CAGUCCCGUGAUCAGCUCUGCCACACUAGGUAUCAACAUAGUUUUUGCAGAAUGUCUGAGGUCCACGUUGAUGGUGAGCCCAUUUCAACGGGUACAGAGCUGGAGUAUCCUCUUGCAUUGGCCCCAAGACAGGUGACUUUGCGCGACAGAGUCACUGUGGCGACGUUGGUCCCCUUUGCGUCGGCCGAUGAGAUGCCGCGGCCAUUGCUCAAAUAUAUCUCUGAUCAAUUCAACAAAGAAAUUGAAAAAGGUGAUACUUAUGCCAUGACUGAACCAAUUCCAUUGGCCCAGUUUGGUCGGUAUUGGUUUUCUAGUUUUGGAGUUGUCAUGCUACUUGGUGAUAUACAGAGUGCUGAGCAGACCCACUCGAUGGACCGAGCUGGUGCAAAUUGGACCAAGCUUUGUCUUGGAGGCUUUCAUAUUCGACCUAACUACCCUGGCCGCAGCAGUCAUGUAUGUAACGGUACAUUUAUUGUUACAGAUGCGGCUCGAAAUAAGGGUGCCGGAAGAUUGAUGGGUGAAGCAUAUCUUGAGUGGGCACCCCGACUGGGAUACACAUAUGCCGUGUUUAAUCUGGUCUACGAGACCAAUGUUGCCUCUUGUCGCUUGUGGGAUUCUCUCGGCUUCAAGCGUAUCGGACGAGUUCCCGGUGGUGGCAGAUUAAAGUCCCAACCCGGAGAAUUUGUGGAUGCUAUCAUAUAUGGCCGGGGUCUUAGCCUAGAUGGAGAAGACUCUGUGUCACAAGACCGCUUCGAGAAGAUUCGGUAUUACCUCAAGCACUCCAAAUAUCCUCGGGGUGCGGAUCGUGCAGAGAAAAGUCGACUCCGGAGCGCAGCCACGCAUUACAAAUUGCUCGGUGGAGAAGACGGAGAGCCUGAACGACUGAUGCUUAAAGACAAAGAGGUCGUGUCAGACCCUCAGCAGCAGUAUGAGAUUGCCCAGGAAGUUCACCUCAAACAACAUGCCGGCAUCAACAAAACAACCGCUGCUAUUGCGGUUAAGUACCACUGGGUGCGCAUUAAAGAGACAGUUAACCGCGUGAUUCGUGAUUGCCCUCAAUGUAAAGAGACUCUCAAGGCACCUCCCAUCCCAGGGAGUAAAGAUGACGACCAAUCAACCUCGGCCGAGCCCUCCAUGGAUGAUGAUACCAUGGAUCACCAAGAAAUUGACAUCCCUCAAGCAAUGGAUGAAGCACCAGACGAUUCCCCAGGCCAUAAUCCUUUCAUAAACUCACAGGUGCCUGUAGGGGUACCUGGUACUAUACAUCCUAUGGCCAACUUCAACCCAAUGCCCCUCGACCCUCAAAUUAUGCAAUUACAGCAACAACUUCGACGCUAUCAACAACAACAACAACAACAACAACAACAACAACAGCAGCAGCAGCAGCAGCAACAGCAACAACAGCAACAACAACAGCAACAACAGCAAAAUGCUAUGGCUGGUGCAUUUGCUCCAGGACCACAAAGUAUGGCCAUAACAAACUUUGAAGAUGCCAUGCGUUAUCAUACGGCCAAUAAUGCCUAUCAGAUGAUGGUUGACGAUGGAUCUGACCCCUUCCGACAGGAGGUGCUGGGACUGAUGAACCCACCUUCGCAUGAGCUUCAACACGACGCAGAAUUACUCGCUAAAUACGAGUAUGGCAGUCCAUCGGAGGGGAACUAUGACUUCAAUUGA